AUGUCUUUCUCCUCCGAUCAUCCAUGGAUCUACGACGUGUUCAUAAACUUCAGAGGAGAAGAAACUCGUCACAACAUCGUUUCUCAUCUCUAUGUUGCACUCUCAAAUGCGGGAAUCAACACUUUUCUUGACAACAAGAAUCUUACAAAGGGAGAGGAGCUAGGACCAGAACUGAUGAGGGCAAUAGAGGGCUCUAAGAUUUCUAUUGUUGUUUUAUCAGUCAACUAUACAAAUUCUAGCUGGUGUCUUAACGAGCUGUUACAUAUCAUGGAAUGCCGCAAAAAGUAUGGCCAGAUCGUUUUACCCGUAUUUUACGGUAUUGACCCAUCGUUUGUCCGUAAACAGAGUGGUUUCCUUGGAGAAGCCUUGACAGUUAGUGCAAGAUGUGUUGAAUGUUUUAAUCCAAAACGAAAGAAAAGAGAUCUCUUGUACAAGUGGAGGACCACACUCACAGAAGUUGCUAAUAUAUCUGGCUGGGAUUCCCGUAGUUUCAGUGAAGCUAAACUAGUGAAGAAAAUUGUCGAGGACAUUUUGACAAAACUAGAUGUCUCAUUGUUGUCUAUUACUGAAUUUCCGAUUGGAUUGGAUUCCCAUGUGCAAAAAUUGACCCAAAUGAUUGACGCUCAAUCAAGGAAAGCAUGUAUGAUAGGGAUAUGGGGAAUGGGUGGAUCCGGCAAAACAACCAUAGCUAAAGCUCUCUACAAUCGAAUCCAUCGUAAAUUUGAGGGUAGAGCAAGUUUCAUUGAAAGUAUACGAGAGAGUUGUGAAAGUGAUACUAGAGGAAUUAUUCAUUUACAACAACAACUUCUUUCAGAUCUCCUCAAAAUAAAGCAGGAGAUUCAUAGCAUUGCAUCCGGGAUAACUAAGAUCGAGACAAGACUUCGGGGGCAAAAGGCUUUUGUCAUACUCGAUGAUGUGACCGAGUCGGAGCAAUUAAAAGCUUUGUUUGGAAAUCCUAAGUUGUUUGGUUCAGGAAGUGUAUUGAUUAUUACAACUAGAGAUGUACGCCUUCUCAAUUCACUCAGUGCUGACCAUGUCUUCACAAUGACGGAAAUGGACGACAACCAGUCUCUUGAACUUUUCAGCUGGCAUGCUUUUCGACAACCAAGUCCUAGAGAAGAUUUUAGUGAACUCUCUAGAAAUGUAGUUGCUUAUUGUGGAGGAUUACCAUUGGCUCUUGAAGUCCUUGGAUCUUACUUAUUUCAGAGGACGGAAAAGGAAUGGAAAAGUGCUCUAUCAAAAUUAGAGAAAAUUCCCAACAAUCAUGUGCUACAGAAAUUGAGAAUCAGUUAUGAUGGUCUAAAAUAUUAUGAGGAAAAGGAUAUAUUUCUUGACAUAUGUUGUUUCUUCAUUGGAAAAAACAGAGCUGAUGUUACAGAGAUACUUAAUGGCUGUGGACUUUAUGCUGAUAUUGGAAUAGCUGUCCUCAUAGAGCGCAGCCUCGUAAAAGUUGCAAAGAAUAACAAGCUUCAAAUGCAUGAUUUGCUAAGAGACAUGGGUAGAGCAAUAGUUGGCGAAAGUUCAGCAAAAGAGCCUGGAAAGCAUAGUCGAUUGUGGUUUCAAGAGGAUGUGUUGCAUGUUUUGUCAAAUAAUAUUGGAACAGAAACUGUUGAAGGAUUGAUUUUGAAGUUGCAUAGAACUGGCAGAAUUUGCUUCAGUACUAAUGCUUUUCAGGAUAUGAGAAAACUGAGGCUUUUAAAACUUGAUGGUACUGACCUCAAAGGAGAUUAUGGAUUAAUUUCCAAACAAUUGAGAUGGGUUGAUUGGCAACGAUCUACCUUCAAAUUUAUACCCAAUGACUUUAAUAUGGGAAAUCUAGUUGUUUUGGAAUUAAAAUAUAGCAGUGUUGAACAAGUUUGGCGGGAGACCAAGUUGUUGGAGAAGCUAAAAGUUCUUAAUCUCAGUCAUUCCAAGUACUUGAAAAGAACUCCGGACUUUUCAAAAUUACCGAAUUUAGAAAAGCUCAUCAUGAAGGAUUGUCCAAGUUUGUCUGAGGUACACCAGUCCAUUGGAGAUCUCAAGAAUCUUCUUUUGAUAAAUUUUAAGGACUGUACAAGUCUUUGUAAUCUCCCAAGAGAGAUCUAUCAAAUGAUAUCAGUGAAAACUCUCAUCCUGUCCGGCUGUUCAAAGAUUGACAAGUUGGAAGAAGACGUGGAGCAGAUGGAAUCCUUGACAACUCUAAUUGCAGCAAAUACUGGUAUCAAGAAAAUUCCUUUUUCAAUAGUAAGAUUAAAAAGUAUUGGAUAUAUAUCACUAUGUGAAUAUGAAGGAUUAUGGCAUGAUGUUUUUCCUUCUCUCAUUUGGUCAUGGAUUUCACCAACCAGAGAUUUCAUUCCCCAUGUUUUUCCAUUUGGAGGCAACUCAUUGUCUCAUGUUUCAUGGGAUGUAGAUAGUAUUAUGGACUAUCAUUCACCAAUUCUUAGAUGUGUUUGGGUUCAAUGCCAGUCCGAAACUCAACUAACUCAAGAAUUACAAAAGUUUGUCGAUUAUCUAUAUGAUGUAAAUUUUACUAAGUUGGAACACGGACCAAACACCUCAGAUCAUUCCUUGAGAUCACUUGUGAUUGGAAUGGGAAAUACCGAAAUAAUCAUGGAUACUCUUGGGAAGAGCUUAUCACAGGGAUUGGCAGCCAGUUCUAUUGAUUCUUUUCUUCCGGGCGACAAUUAUCCUUCUUGGUUAGCCUAUACAUGUGAAGGAUCUUCAGUAAUUUUCCAAGUGCCUGAGGAUAAUGAUUGCGGCAUGAGUGGAAUAAGCUUAUGCGUUCUUUAUUCAUCAAUGCCUGGAAACCUGAUAACAGAAUGUCUCACUAGUAUCUUGAUCAUUAAUUACACAAAAUUAACUAUCCAGAUUUACAAGCGAGACACAGUAAUGUCGUUUAACGAUGAAGAUUGGCAAGGUGUGGUAUCAAAUUUAGGAGUUGGUGACAAGGUGGAGAUAUUUGUAGCUAUUGGGCAUGGAUUGACUGUUAAGGCGAUGACUGUUUAUCUAAUAUAUCAUCAGUCAACUGCAAUGGAAAUUAAGCCAAUACCUGAAGUGGAGGUGCAGACAUCACCUGAUGUGAAAAUGGAUCCAUUGCCUAAGAAAAAUAGAAAAAUAUUUGUAAGACUUGCAAUGAGAGUGGGAGAAUGUUUAUGUAUGAACCAAAAUUGA